AUGGCGUACCAUCGAAUUGUUUCACAAGUAGAUAAACUCGCAAUUCAUGAAGACAAUCCACAUGCUUCUUGGAUGGAUCAUAAUUGGCCGGUAGGAUCCGGUUCGUCAUUUCACAUAGAUCCUAAUUCUACAUUUACUUGGAAUGCGGUGGUAAAUGGGUCUAAGAAGUGGGUUUUGUUCCCGCCUAAUGUGAUACCUCCUAGUGUACAUCCGAGCCCGGAUGGUGUAGAGGUGGCAUGCCCUGUUUUCAUAAUUGAAUGGUUCAUGAACUUUUAUGGUGUAACAAAGAACUGGAAAAAGAGACCUAUCGAGUGCAUUUGUAAAGUUUGGUGA